ACGUGUCGGUGCCAUUUUGUUUGAAGCUUCAUCACAGAAAAUCAGCAUUUCAUCUUCUUCUCUCCUCCACUCUCAAGGAGCUGAUUGCAUAUAAAAUCUUUAUAGCUCCUCGUCUUGGCGUCUGUACAUUUCGGUCUGGCCGGGCUAAAGACGGUAGCGUUCAGACUCGUCGGUGGAAAGCGGAAGAAGAACGAGAGGAAGAUUAAGGUUAAGGAAAAGUUCAUGGAGUGGUGGCACAAGAUGAUCUUCCCCGUUAGGAGAGUCUGGUUAGCCGUUUCCGCUCGCGUCAAAGCUCGAAAAAACGGUGCUGGGCUUUUGAAGCUGCAUGAUGAUGUACAGACCUGUGGAUACCAAGAUGUUCAAGUAAUGUGGGAAAUGCUGAGAAGAUCAGAAACAGAGCCGAUAGCACAACACAAUAACAAGCGCAAGCAAAGACCUUUCUGGAGAGUUUUUGUAUGGUCUAAUCACAGUUCUUCCUCAUCCUUAUCGGCAAAUCAUGCCUAACUCGUUACUCCACUAGGGAUGCUACUACUAUAAUAAUAACUAAUAAUGUGUUGCCAUUGUUGUCUGAGCUCAACUCGGCAUUGGCAUCAUAUUUUUCAGAAUCUUGACGGCCGACAUUGCAGUGGCAUGGUACAGAGCUGUUGCAACUAUGUCAAUAUAAGAUGAUGUAUCUAAUGUUAUCUCCAUUUGGAGUAGAAAGUGCCAUGAAUUCACAACUCAUUUUGUAAAUAUUUUGAUAUUUUGAUCCUGACACCCGCAAUCAAAUCACAACUCAAUU